CUCAGACCUCCUCGACCCGGUCCAUUUGUUCUAUUCGAUCGCUGACUGUGGGAACUAUUUGGAUACGAGUUGUGGAAUUACUUCAGCUUCCCUCCACCUCCUCUUCCUCCUGCUCUCAUCUCAUCCACCACAGCCCAUGACCGCAGAUCAGCCAACAUGGCUUUUUCAUCUCGCUUUUCCUUCUGGGAGCAAAAGGUCAAAGAAGAUAACAAGCCAGAAAACAAAAGUCCAGAGAGUGAAGGGCUGCCCAACCGGUCCAAGUCAGUGUCAGCUCUAGACCCUGGCAGGGGUUUAUUCCGGGCAACAAGUCCCCCAUCAGUGUCCCCCACGGAGUCGCUCCAUCGGGUCAGAAGUCCCUCCCCAGCAAAAGUCAGGAUACCUGUUAAAGUGCCUGAACGCUUCAAAAGCCCUGAGCCAGUGUCAAAGCCAUUUAGAAGCUCUGAACCACCUCAUGCUCCUCUGAGCCCAGAGCCAAUUAUGAACAGUGAGCGAGAGCAAAAUGGCAUAAUGAGCAAAGGCGUGGUCAAUACUACAGCCAACGGCACCUGCACCAACCCGAUGGAUACGACAGAGGACAAGGGUCUGACAAGAAAGAAAGUAGUAAAGGUGGUCCGCCGUGUUGUCAGGAAGGUCCUGCCAGAAGAGGAUGAGACCACUCUGCCAACACAACCAUCACAUAAAGCGCCACAAGUAGCCACGCCUGCUGCCGAAGCAGUUAAAGCGAUGCUUGCCCCAGCUUCUGUGUCUAAGUCAAUGUCAGGCUUCUCUUUUAAACAUGACGUCAUCAAAACGGAAGACAAAGACGACAUUUCGCGAGGAUUAAUGAACCUUAUGGUCCGAGGCAGGACCAGGCAGCCUCGCCCCAGAAUAUGGAAAGACGAACGACCAGAAAAAACAGACUUGGAGAAGAAAAAUGAGACGGCAGGGAAAGUUGCUGAGCCGGAGGAGAAGAAAGAAGAUAACACCACUCUAAAGCUGCACAGGGUCGAUCCCAAACCUACAAGCUCUGGUCCAGAUAUACAGGAGGCCAAACCUCCUGUGGUUUCUGUAAACCUGACCAGCACCGCACCUGAGCACUCUGCUCCAAAGUUGUUCAAAUCGACUCAUUCCAGACCCACAUCUCUCCCACCAGUUGUUGGCUUUGUGCCUGCUCCCAAGCCUUCACCCUUGUCUCCGCCUCCUGGCUUCAUACCUGCACCAAGACCAACUGCUGUCAAAAAACCCACUCCUACAAAUCCUCCUCCAGCUACCGAAGUGGCCCAAAUAACUCCCUCACUCACUCCAUCCCAUUUCAUCCCAGCUCCUCAGCCCUCUACGCUUUCUCCUCCCCGUCCCAGUCCUAAUGCACUGACUCCCCCUCAAGGAGUCAUUCCCAUUCAACAGACUGCUGUCGGUCAACAAGAGCUGGAGCUGGCAGUCAGUGUUUCGUCUUCUGUCCAAGCCCCUGCCCCCGUCGCCACACACACCCAAGGCCUCCUCCAGGUACCGCAGCCCUCCAGCCUUCCUCUGGGCCUGCUGGCUGGAGUUUGUGCUCGUGUGACUUGUCAGAGUGGAUCAGUGGAAGAGGACCCUGUGGCCCUCCUUCAGGCAUCUCAUGAUGCUGCUCAGCAAUCCCAGGUGAAGACAGAAGAGCAGAUCGCAGCAGAGCAAGUCUGGUAUGGAUCAGAGAAAGUCUGGCUUGUCCACAAAGAUGGCUUCUCCUUGGCCACCGUGGUGAAGACAGAUGCUGGCUCCCUGCCAGAGGGCAAGAUGAAGAUCAAACUGGAGCAUGAUGGGACAAUACUGGAAGUGGAUGAAGACGACGUAGAAAAGGCCAACCCUCCAUCAUCCAACCGAUCAGAGGACCUGGCUUCACUGCUCUAUCUGAAUGAAUCCAGUGUGAUGCACUGCCUGAGGCAGCGCUACGGAGGCAACCUCAUCCACACCUACGCUGGACUCAAUAUGGUCGUCAUCAACCCCCUAAGCACACCCUCCAUGUAUUCUGAGAAGGUGAUGCAUAUGUUCAAAGGCUGUCGGCGUGAGGACUCUGCACCUCACAUCUACUCUGUGGCCCAGUCUGCCUACCGCAACCUGCUCACCACACGCCAGGAUCAGUCCAUUGUGCUGAUGGGCAAGUCUGGUAGUGGCAAGACCACCAACUGCCAGCACCUGGUCCAGUACCUGGUCUCCAUCGCUGGCAGCACGGGCAAAAUCUUCUCCGCUGAGAAGUGGCAGGCGGUCUACACCAUCCUGGAGGCCUUCGGCAACAGCUCCACCUCUAUGAACUCCAACGCCAGCCGCUUCUCCCACAUAGUGUCCCUGGACUUUGACCAGGCUGGGCAGGUGGCCUCCGCCUCCAUCCAGACGAUGCUGCUGGAGAAACUGAGGGUGAGCAAACGUCCCGAGGCAGAGUCCACCUUCAAUGUCUUUUACUACAUGAUGGCCGGAGCCGACAGCAGCCUCAGAACGGAGCUGCACUUUAACCACCUGGCUGAGAAUAGUGCUUUUGGGAUCUUCCCGCAUUCUAAGCCUGAAGACAAGCAGCGAGCCUUGCAGCAGUUCACCAAGCUGCAGGCCGCCAUGAAGGUGCUGGGCAUCUCUGGUGAGGAGCAGAAGGCCCUGUGGCUCAUCCUAGGGGCCAUUUACCACUUGGGGGCCGCAGGCGCCACAAAAGCGGGUCGAAGGCAGUUUGCCCGUCAUGAAUGGGCCCAGAAGGCGGCCUACCUUCUGGGCUGCACCCUGGAGGAGCUGUCCUCCUCUAUUUUUAAGCACCAGGCUAAAGGACUGCAGCACUCCACUUCCUUCAGAGGAGGACCGGACGAGGCCGGCCAAGGGGAAAGCUCAGGCUCUAAGGUCACAGCUCUGGAGUGCUUGGAGGCCAUGGCUUCCGGUCUCUACUCGGAGCUCUUCACUCUUGUCAUCUCCCUAAUUAACAGGGCUCUGAAGUCCAGUCAGCACUCUCUGUGCUCCCUGCUGAUCGUGGACACGCCGGGUUUCCAGAACCCUCGGCUGGCUCAACAGCAGCGAGGAGCCACGUUUGAGGAGCUCUGCCACAACUACACCCAGGAGAGGCUGCAGACCCUGUUCCAUGAACGUACCUUCGUCCAGGAGCUGGAAAGAUACAAGGAGGAAAACAUAGAGCUUGCUUUCGAUGACAUAGAGUCCAGUACCUCACCGUCUGUAGCAGCUAUUGACCAAGCCUCAACCCAAGCUCUGGUGCGGACUCUAGCCAGGACGAAUGAAGCUCGAGGUCUCCUGUGGCUGAUGGAGGAGGAGGCUGUUCAGCCUGGAGGAUCAGAGGAAACCAUGCUGGAGAGACUCUUCAGCUACUACGGCUCCGCACAGGGAGAAAACAAAGCAGCCAGUCUGCUGCUGCGAGGAGAGAAGCCCCACUUCUUCCUGUUGGGCCACAGCCACGGGACUGACUGGGUGGAGUACAACGCUCAGGGCUGGCUGAGCCAUGCCAAACACAACCCUGCCACCCAGAACGCUGCCACUCUGCUGCAGGACUCCCAGAAGAAGAACAUCAGUGGGCUUUUCAUGGGCCGGGCCAGCGGCGCCACAGUGUUGUCUGGCUCCAUCGCUGGUUUGGAGGGCAGCUCCCAGCUCGCCCUGCGACGAGCCACCAGCAUGAGGAAGACCUUCACCACAGGCGUGGCUGCAGUCAAGAAGAAGAGUCUGUGUAUCCAGGUGAAGCUCCAAGUGGAUGCUCUCAUUGAUAUGGUGCGUCGUUCCAGGGUUCACUUCAUCCACUGCCUGCUGCCCAAAGCAGAGGCAGUGGGUGGUGGAGGUGAGCCCCGUGUGACGCAUGGAGAGAGUCCGGACUCAGGUCUGAUGACUUUGGACGUGAGCCUCCUGAGAGCUCAGCUCCGAGGAUCCAAGCUGCUGGAUGCACUGCGCAUCUACAGGCAAGGAUACCCAGACCACUUGGUGUUUUCUGAGUUUCGCAGGCGCUUUGAUGUCCUGGCACCACAUCUGACCAAGAAGCAUGGCCGCCACUACAUUGUCACAGAUGAGAAGAGGGCAGUGGAGGAGUUGCUGAAGUCCUUGGACCUGGAGAAGAGCAGCCACCACAUGGGGCUAAGCAGGGUGUUCUUCAGAGCGGGGACUCUAUCCAGACUGGAGGAGCAGCGAGACGUUCAGACCAGGAGGAACAUCUCUCUGCUCCAGGCUGCCUGCAGGGGAUACCUGUCAAGACAGGCCUUCAAGAAGAGGAAGAUCCAAGAUCUGGCCAUCCGCUGCAUCCAGAAGAACAUAAAGAAGAACAAAGGCGUCAAAGGCUGGCCGUGGUGGAAGCUCUUCACCAACGUUAGACCUCUCAUAGAGGUGCAGCUCACUGAGGAACAGAUCCGGGGCAAGGACGAAGAGAUCCAGCACCUGAAGCAGAAGCUGGAGAAGGUGGAGAAAGAGAGGAACGAGCUGAGACUCAACAGCGACCGCUUGGAGAGCCGGAUCACAGAGAUGUCAUCGGAGCUUGCUGAUGAGCGUAACACCGGGGAGUCAGCUUCCCAGAUGCUAGAGACGGAAACGACUGAGAGACUGCGCCUGGAGAAGGACAUGAAGGACCUGCAGGCCAAGUUUGACAGCACGAACAAACGGAUGGAGUCCAUGGAAAUGGAGGUGAUGGAGGCUCGACUCAUCAGGGCGUCUGAACUCAACGGAGAGAUGGAAGAUGACGACACAGGAGGAGAGUGGAGGCUGAAGUAUGAACGAGCCAUCAGGGAGAUUGAAUUCACCAAGAAGAGACUGCAGCAGGAGUCUGAGGACAAGCUGGAGGUGGAGCAGCAGACCAAACGGCAGCUGGAGAGGAGGAUCAGCGACAUGCAGGCCGAUAACGACGAGUCCCAGAGAAACAUCCAGCAGCUGAAGAAGAAAACCCAGCGACUCACAUCUGAACUGCAGGACACCAAACUUCACCUGGAGGGCCAGCAGAGCCGCAACCACGACCUGGAGAAGAAGCAGAGGAAGUUUGACAGUGAGCUGAGUGGAGCCCAAGAGGAGGUGCAGAGGGAGAGGAGUCUGAGGGAGAAACUGGCCCGAGAGAAAGACGUGCUGGCCGGAGACGCCUUCAGCCUCCGACAGCAGCUGGAGGACAAAGACCUGGAGGUGUGUGCAGUCACCCUGAAACUGGACCAGCUGGAGGCCGAGCUGCAGGACCUCAACUCCCAGGAAUCCAAGGAUGAAGCGUCGCUGUCCAAGGUGAGGAAGCAACUUCGGGACAUGGAGGCCAAGUUGAAGGACCAGGAGGAGGAGCUGGACGAGCAGGCCGGGACCAUCCAGAUGUUGGAGCAGGCCAAGCUCCGUCUGGAGAUGGAGAUGGAGCGUCUGCGUCACACUCAUUCCAAGGACAUCGAGAGCAAAGACGAUGAGGUGGAGGAGGUCAGACAGUCCUGCAGCAAGAAGCUGAAGCAAAUGGAAGUCCAGCUUGAGGAAGAGUACGAUGAGAAGCAGAAGGUGCUGAAAGAGAGAAGAGAGCUGGAGUCCAAGAUUCUGUCAGCACAGAACACGGUGAGAAGUGGUGAUGUGGAGACUGAGAAGCGUUUGAGGAAGGACUUGAAGAGAACCAAAGCCCUGCUGGCUGAUGCCCAGAUCAUGUUGGACCACAUAAAGAACAACGCGCCCAGCAAGAGGGAGAUCGCUCAGCUCAAAAACCAGCUGGAGGAGUCCGAGUUUACCUCUGCGUCUGCAGUUAAAGCUCGAAAGUCCAUGGAGGUGGAGAUUGAAGAUCUGCACGUUCAGAUGGAGGACAUCUCCAAAACAAAACAGGCGCUGGAGGAGCAGCUGAGUCGUCUGCAGAGAGAGAAGAAUGACCUGCAGUCCAGGACGGAGGAAGACCAGGAGGACCUGAACGAGCUGAUGAAGAAGCACAAGGCUGCUGUGGCUCAGUCGGCCCAGAACCUGGCUCAGAUCAGUGACCUACAAGCCCAGCUGGAGGAGGCCCUCAAGGAGAAACAGGAGGUUCAGGAGAAGAUGCAAGCCCUCCAGAGCCAGCUGGAGUUCCAAGAGCAGUCCAUGGUGGAGAAAUCCCUCGUCAGCCGGCAGGAGGCGAAGAUCCGCGAGCUGGAGACCAAGCUGGAGUUUGAGAAGACCCAGGUCAAACGCCUGGAGACCCUUGUAGCUCGACUGAAAGAGAACUUGGAGAAGCUGACAGAGGAACGAGACCAACGUAGCAGCAGCGAGAAUCGAGAGAAGGAACAGAACAAACGUCAGCAGAGACAGAUCCGCGACGUCAAAGAGGAGAUGGGUGAACUGGCCAAAAAAGAAGCCGAGGCCAGCCGCAAAAAACACGAGCUGGAAAUGGACAUUGAGAGCUUAGAGGCUGCUAAUCAGAGCCUGCAGACUGACCUCAAGCUGGCCUUCAAGAGGAUCGGUGACCUCCAGGCAGCCAUCGAGGACGAGAUGGAGAGUGACGACAAUGAAGACCUGAUCAACAAUUUGCAAGACAUGGUGACAAAGUAUCAGAAAAGACAGAACAGAGCUCAGGGGGAUUCAGACACAGACUCUGAGGUGGAGGAUCGUGUAGAUGGGGUGAAAUCCUGGUUGUCAAAAAGCAAAGGUUCCACCAAGAACCUGUCAGACGAUGGCAGCCUCAAGAGCUCCAGCCCCCCUGGCCGGAGACACUACGGCUUCGAGAGGUCUGAUGAAGAGGAAGACGAAAAAGAAGAAGGCGGGGCGACCCAGGGCUCUCAAUACUCUUGAUUCAGAUACGGAAGCCAAAUGAAAGAAGACGACGGCGAGGACCGGCCUUCUGAGAGCACAUCGUAAUCCUUGCUGUCGGCAUCCGCUCUCUGAAACGUGCCCUCAUUACAGCGUGACAGUUUGUCUUGCAUGCAAAGUUGACCACAUAUAUGCUGAGUUGGACAAAACCACACAGUUAAUAACUCAACCCUGCAGGAAAACUUGUUCCCAACACACUGUCAGAGCUUCCUGUUGCAGAUCCUCACAGGAUUUGGUCAUAAUUGACAAACUACACGGUGUUUAACACUCAGUCUCACACACACACACACACACACACACAGCAGCUCUGUUAUUAAAAACUCCACGUCGUUGGUUGCAUGAAGCAGCAUUAGCUUGGCUUGAGCAGUCACCCUGUGUGGUUGUAACCUAGCCAAAGAACUUGAGGUCGCAAUGAUAAUAGAUUCUUUCUGUCUCUCUCUCUUUGUCACUGUCAACUGUUCCUCUCUUCUCCUACAAUGUACAAUGUAUUGCCAAAAAGCCUUUGUUGACGUGUGUGUGUGCACAGUGCUUUACUUAUUGCCAAUUGGCGCCGAGUCCUGAGAAAAGUCCCAUCCUUAUUAUUCCUUUUUCCUGCUUUUUUCCAUUUCGGGACAAGUGCCAUUAGAUUUAAGUGGGCUUCUCUGCAGCUGUGGCAUUUCAUGAGCUGCGUGCCGUACGCUGAGGACACGCUCAUCAUCAUCGUCGUCAUCAUCAUCAUCGGCUCCCUUUCUGUUUCCCUGCAGAAACAGGGAAGUUGUUCUGCCUUUUGCUGGCGAAUGCUCGCUUCCUUCCAGGGGCGGGUGAUCGCAUCGAUAACUACUCCUCCACAACAGCAAAGCAUUUAGUUUUUGAAGUGCGAUAGAUUUGGUUUUGCAGAGGACUGCCGUCGAGCAAAUUAAUUUCCACGAGGUUUGAGCUUACCACAAAGACUUGUUUUUAAUUUGACUUGAUUUAACUAAUUCUGUAGUGAGGAAUAGACUUUGGCUUUGUCCUUGUGCUUGUUGUUCACAGGUCAACCUGUGUUUGUUUUACGUGUGAUGCGCUUUCUUUUUGCAGAGGGAAUGUACUUGACUUUGGGCAUCAGUCAUAGGUCUGGUAUCCUCAACCAGCAUGUCCAAGGAACUACUGGUGGUGUUCUAUAUUCGUCUUUUUGUCAACAAAUCAAAUGAAAGGACCAAAACCAGCAGUGUAUUUUUGAACUUUGGGGAAAGUAUGUGUAUCCUGAAGCUCAAAGGGCCACUUGAAAUGUUUUCUGGAGUUUUCACAUCUCUUGGUGGUCUUCAUCAAAUGGAGCUAACACCGUUGUCAUUGCAACUCUUCAGCUAAUUGGUUCCUCCUGAAGACGACUGAGUGUUUAAAUAUGGCUUAAUUUGUGUUUUUUAAAGUCACAUUUUCCAUCCAUAGUGUCACAUCCAGUGCUUGUACACAUUAUUUGUGGGGGUUUUGUGUCAUGAUUUUGCUAGUUUUCUCUAUUUCGUGCUAGCAACACCGACGUGAGCCUGGCGAACCGAUAGGCCAGCAGGACAUGGAGUAGUAGCCCAUUCACCUUGAAACAAAUCAUUACAGGUUGUAUACCUCAUUCUUUCCCCCAUAUCCCACACAUGUUGAAUAAAAGUGACAGACCUAGCAGCCAAUUGGCUGUUAUAGCUUCACAACACUGUCCGGAGGAUUUGCUAUUGGUCAAUGGUGCAAAUUUAAAUGCCAAGAAUCUCCAAUGUUUAAUGCAGUACAGUAGAUCCAAUGAGUGCCGUGAUUUUGUUGACAUUAAUAUAUCUCUGCUUGGAUGUAUGUCUUUUCAUGAGUUAUGAUGAUAUUGUAAGAAAAGUAUAGAAUAUCACCAGCAUCUCCUUUUAAAGCCUCAUUGUGUAUUUUAACUGUAACUUUGUUAACUGGACACACUACAGCCUAUAUAACCAUUUCUGUGAAAUCAUGUCCGGUGUCCUUGAGGCCUGGUUAUGUGUCAGGUGUUUUUGUUUUCUCAACCCAAUGAUGCCUCGAAACAGCAGCAAAAUAGGAACAUGCAUUUUCAUGGUUGCUGAAGUGUCACACAGUCUGGACACAUGUCUAUUUACUGAGCAGCAUUACAAUGUUUUCGAAAGCCAUUUAGAGUCCAGAAGAGCGUGACGUGGCAUUUAGGGCUGGAAAUAAAUUGUAGGCGUUGGUCGUUGUGGGAGUAGUUGGGUGUUAUUCUCCUAUACAUUUGUUUUUAGACGUGUGUCUUCAUUUUUAUUCUCUAUGCAGUCAACACAAGUAUGGAAAUCUGUUUUUGACCUUAUUGACCCUGAUAACAGUGUCUCGCUUCAACAGAAUAAAAACAAGAGCAGGCAUGAUAUUGCUGACUGCACACCGUAUUUAUAUAUAAAUAUGUGUAUGAUUGAUGCUAGCUUUGAAAAUAGUUCAUGUUUAUUUUCAUUAUUGAACACAUUGACCACUUGUUAUACAUUUUGCAUUACAGUUUAAUAUAUUGUAAAUAAAUGAUGGUGAUUGUUUUAGAAUGCA